AAUGCAGUAAUCAAAGAAGCACAAAGGAAACACACAUACUUGCCAGGUGAAAGAGUAACUUAUGAGUGUGCUGAUGGCUAUACGAUGGGACAAAAUGCAAACUAUAUCACCUGCGAGGACUCAAAUUGGACAAAAGGACCAGAAUGCAAACGAAUUGGACAGACCUGCGGUGCACCACCAGUAGUACAAUCUGGAGACAUCACAGAAAUAAAAGCAAAGACCUAUCAAUCAGGCUCUUCUGUAACAUAUAAGUGUGCAAAUUAUUAUAAACUUGAAGGAAAGCAAGUAAUUACAUGUAAAGAUGGAGAAUGGGAAAAGGAGCCAGUCUGUCGA